CUGCUUAGACGGCUGCUAUUGGUCGAGAGAUUUGGUAGCGGGGCGACCUGACGCCACCCUUGUCACUUUGGCUCCAAUGUCUUCUGUCUCCAUCCCACACUCAUCACAUCAGUCUUCACACACAGAUUCUUCGUAUCCCAGAAAUGCCUAUGAUGAUCUUCUCAAGAUGCUCGUGAGACCUGACCGUCGUCAAACUCAAGCGCGUCAUCAUCGUCAGCGGCAGCCCCUCAUCCGUCGCCGACACGCUGAUAACCCCCAGCAGCAGCCCCAGCAUCUAAGCGUGAACAAAUACCUAGCUAGCUUCUUCAUUUUCGUGGUAGUUUCACUCUACACUUUCAUGCACGUCGGUAUGUCGUCGAAUGCGGCGGGCAACCAAGACGCUCAGAGCUUCCACUAUCAGUUUGAGACUCUAGCGGGUUAUUUCAAGCAGAGCGAUGCGGAUACAGAUGAUGCAAGCUUUGAUUUUAUCAAAGAGAAGUUUGGUCUCAUAAGUCGCUCCUACUCUACCGAGACGGGUACUGCAGGCUCCCUCACCCAAUGGGAAAGAUUCGAGAAGCAUAUCCGACAACUGGAUGAGCAGAGUGCUGCCGAUGAGAGUGUCAAGGUACUCUUCCUAGGCCGUCACGGUCAGGGGUGGCACAACGUGGCAGAAACUAAAUACGGGACCCCCGCGUGGGAUUGUUACUGGUCUCUCCUUGAUGGAGCUGAUGGGAUAACAUGGAGUAACGCCAACUUGACGGAGCUGGGUCAGGGACAAGCCAAGGACGUGAAUGCGCUUUGGAAAGAGCUGUUGGGCGAGGGGAUCCCAAGCCCCGAGACAUUUUAUGUCAGCCCAUUGACAAGAACGAUCGAGACGGCGGAUCUCAGUUUCAAAGGUGUACCGUUCGCAGAGGUAAAGGAGUACAAGCCGUUCAUCAAGGAGCUUGUUCGAGAAGCUCUCGGCGUACAUACUUGCGAUCGCCGCAGCAAGGCAUCUGAAAUCGUCGCAGAGUUUCCACACGUGACCUUGGAACCUUCUUUCUCGGAAGAGGAUGUGCUAUGGAAAGCCGACUAUCGGGAACCACGCCUAGCACGCAGAUACCGGCUCAAACUGCUCCUGGACGAUAUCUUUGACAGCGACAAGGGAGUUUUCUUGUCACUGACCAGUCACUCGGGUGCGAUCAGGAGUAUUCUGGAAGGAGUUGGUCACCGAGAUUUCGGCUUACAGACGGGAGGGGUGAUUCCGGUGGUAGUCAAGGCGAAGAGAAUCAAGGCAGAGAGGGAGAAGCCGCCGGAGGAACCGAGCGAGGGACCUCCGGCCUGCAAGGAGCCUCCUUCCGGGGAUUUGCAGAGUUAG